AUGACUGCUGGAACUUUUUCAGGGCCUACAUUCGCGAUAAUUACUCACGAGUAUCCUGAACUUCUUGAUCCGUUAGUGACUGUGUGUGAUGUGUUUGCUCGAAUGGCACCGGACCAAAAACAGCAGCUCAUCAAUUGUCUUCAAGAAGUUGGUUAUACGGUGGCAAUGUGCGGCGAUGGUGCAAACGACUGUGCAGCUUUGAAGGUAACUGUUAGGGUAAUUGCUGAUUUUUGUACUCAUGAUUUGUCUCUUAGGCGGCCCAUGCGGGUAUCUCGCUUUCUGACGCUGAAGCAUCUAUCGCAGCGCCGUUUACUUCAAAGGUUAUCAUUUUACUAA